AGGUGAGCUGGCGCCUGGCCGUACUCCUCACCUGGUGGUAGUGAAUGCAACAGCCUGCCCGCACGAGUGGACACCAGGUCCCAGAAGCUCCUGGUUGGCAAGUGACAUCUCUGGGAUAUCAAUGGGGCUAGUUGGAAGCCAGAGGUAAACCAACCGCUGAGGUCACCAUCCCUACCAUGUCCCAGGUGAUGUCCAGCCCCCUGCUGGCAAGCGGCCACACGGUCACCUUGGCUCCCUGUGAAGAACCCAGGAGGGCACUGCACCCAGUACCCAGCCCCAACCUGCUGCCACAGUGUUCUUACUACACCAUGGAAGGCUGGGGAGCCCAGGCCCUCAUGGCCCCCAUAUCCUGCAAGGGGCCCCCCAACAGGCUCCAGCAGGCCACACAGUCUGAGGCCAAAGCCAGCUGCCUCCUGCAGUCCCCUGGGGAGCAGGCCUCAGGGACCCUGGAGGACCUUGACUCCUACAUUGACUUCUCGCUGGAGAGCCUCAACCAGAUGAUCCUGGAACUGGACCCUACCUUCCAGCUGCUUCCCCCAGAGACUGGUGGCCCCCAGGCCAAAUCUGCCCAGAGCACCACUUCAAGGAGAAAGAAGGAAGAACCUGAAGCCUUAGAUAUAAAGUAUAUCGAGGUGACCUCCACCAGAUCAAGGUGCCACGAUGGCCCCCAGCGCUGCUCCAACCCAUCUGUCACCCCGCCCUUCGGCUCUCCACACAGUGGCGGCCUCCUCCUUUCCAGAGACGUCCCCCGAGAGACCCGAAGCAGCAGCGAGAGCCUCAUCUUCUCUGGGAGCCAGGGCAGGGGACACCAGCGUCCCCCUCCCCCUUCAGGGAGCUCUUCUCCUCACCCUCCACUCUCCCCCAACAUCUCUAUCCCUUGCGUGGGGGGCAAGGCCUCAGGCCGCCAUGGCUUGAACUCCCCACUGGUGUCUUCUCCAGGCCUGGAGAAGGGGCUGGUGGGCCUGGCCCCACAGCGGGGCAGCAGGGUCUCUGUGCUGUCGGCCAGCCCAGCGUCUGACGUCAGCUACAUGUUUGGAAGCAGCCAGUCCCUCCUACACUCCAGCAUCUCUAACCAUCAGUCGUCUUCUAGAUCCUUGGAAAGUCCAGCUGGCUCUUCCUCCAGCCUCCACAGCCUUGGCUCCGCGUCCCUGUGUACAAGACCUGGUGACUUCCAGAUUCCCAGCAACCCCACCCAGAGCAUGGGCCAUCCCAGAGCACCCCACUCCUCACCACUGCCCAAAGAACAUGCCAGCAGCUGCCCCCCAUCCAUCACCAACUCCAUGGUGGACAUACCCAUCGUGCUGAUUAACGGCUGCCCAGAACCAGGGUCUCCCCUACCACAGAGGACCCUAGGACACCAGGGCUCUGUCCAGCUUGGAGCUACACCUCCCAGCAACCCCUGUCCAGCCAUGAGGAGCCACAACCAGACCCUGCCAGAUGCCCCCUCAACCACCUGCCCGGAGGGUCCCACCAGGGACAUGCAGCCCACCAUGAAGUUUGUGAUGGACACAUCUAAAUACUGGUUUAAGCCAAGCAUCACCCGAGAGCAAGCAAUCGAGCUGCUGAGGAAGGAGGAGCCAGGGACUUUUGUCAUAAGGGACAGUUCUUCAUACCGAGGCUCCUUUGGCCUAGCCUUGAAGGUGCAGGAGGCGCCGGCAUCUGCCCAGAACCAACCAGGCGAGGACAGCAGUGACCUUAUCCGACACUUCCUCAUUGAGUCUUCUGCCAAAGGGGUGCAUCUCAAAGGAGCAGAUGAAGAGCCCUACUUUGGGAGCCUCUCUGCCUUUGUGUGCCAGCAUUCCAUCAUGGCCCUGGCCCUGCCCUGCAAACUUGCCAUCCCGCAGAAAGAACUGGGAGGUGCAGACGGGGCCUCGGACCCCUCUACAGACAGCCCGGCCUCCUGCCUGAAGAAAUCUGCUGGCUGCCACACCCUGUACCUGAGCUCCGUGAGCGUAGAGACCCUGACCGGUGCCCUGGCUGUGCAGAAGGCCAUCUCCACCACCUUCGAGAGGGAUGUCCUCCCCACGCCCACCGUGGUCCACUUCAAAGUCACGGAGCAGGGCAUCACCCUGACCGAUGUCCAGAGGAAGGUGUUUUUCCGGCGUCAUUACCCCCUCACCACCCUCCGCUUCUGUGGCAUGGACCCUGAACAACGGAAGUGGCAGAAGUACUGCAAGCCCUCCUGGAUCUUUGGGUUUGUGGCCAAGAGCCAGACGGAGCCCCAGGAGAAUGUGUGCCACCUCUUCGCGGAGUAUGACACAGUCCAGCCAGCUUCACAGGUCAUCAGCCUGGUGGCUGCCCUGCUGCGGGAUGCAGAAAGGAUGUAGGGCAGGGAGCUGCCUGUGCACCUUCCGAGACAUCUCCAGGGCUUGCCUGAGAGCCCACCUCCACCCCCUCAAUGAGUGUGGCUGUGGCCACAUGGACAGAUCAAUCUGUUGGACUGGAAGUGAACAGUAUCAAGUUAAAACUCUUAAACCUGCUGUGACCUUCAGCAGUAACCUUCAUCCAGAACCUCCUGGGCCUCAGUUUCCCCAACCAUGAAAGGACCCCAAGAGACAAGGUCAGCUGUUCUCAGACUUUGGUGGGCAUUUGAACAUGCCCCUCCUUGAUUCUGAAGGAUACUCACAUUCGACAUUCAAGGACGCCUUCCUGAAAAUAACCUCUGAGGACCCUCUGACCCCAUCAGUGUGCCUGGAUACUACUGACACAACAGUCUGACCAAGAGACCUGGGGCCCCUGGCAGACAGCAGGUGUUCUGUCAGAACCCACAGGGUUCCUGGCCUGAGGCGGGUGAUGGUUAAGGAUUGAGGACAGAACAGAGGAUGGACGGACUCUAUUUCCCUCUACAUCUGUUCCUUUCCCCACUUUCCUAAUGGCUUUUUGGGUGCACCUGCCCAGGAUGCUGCAAGCCAACAUGGCUGAAGUUGCUGGGGCAGCUCGGCAAGGGGGGAUCUUUCCCCCAUGGUCAGAGAAGACCCAGCUGUCCUCGCACUCGUGAUGCCUAGUUGCAAAUGAGUAUCAUCCCCAUCUUUUCUUUCAAUUUCUUGGUAAGAACAAGCUGAUGGUUACCAUAGCUGAUGGUUAAAGCUGCCCUAGGGUUGCACAUCUGGGGCUUGGAGUCAGAGACCCCAGUUCUCUAGAGCAGAUAUGAGGGCCAUUUCUCUGUGGUUCUGCCUCAGUUUCAGUCUUACUGAGUCCCUCAACCCCCUGCCCUCGCCACCCCAACACACAACACACGCAUGCACCCACACUCACACUCACACACAGGCCCCACCACCGCUGUGUGGUGUCAAAUGGCCUCACAGCCACAUGGGGGCAGCAGAGAGUCAAGAGUGCAAAGCUGCUGCCUCCUUCCUUCCCGGAGAGGCUAGGGAAGCUGGCGUUUUCCCGCCCCCCUCCUACCCCACCCAGCCCCCAGAAGCUGGAACCAUGUGUCUAGCAAGCCUGGGUUCUUAAGGAAACCACUCCAUGGGGGUGGAAGGGGAGGCUCAGGGAAAAAGCCCACUCUUGCUCUAUGAAGAGCAAGUGCCUGCGCCCUCCCAGCAGCUAGCCCUGCCAAAGGAGCAUUAUCUUUGGCCAAGGUUGGGCCUGACGGGUUAUGAUUUCAACCCAGGAAACCAAACUGGACUGGAGCAGCCCUCGGCUGGUGGGAGAGGCUAAGGCCAGCCCACCCAGCCUGCGGUUGGGCACUGCCCCACCCCUUAAGUCUGCAGAACUGUUAGAUGAGGUUCUCAAGGUCACAGUGCCCAAUCCCAGCCUGGGAACUCCCAGGUGUGUAGCUCCCAUGACAAAAAAUAAAGCAUCGAUCUUUGCACAGUUGGUUCUGAGGCCUUCUGGGCUGUCCCCUCACAGAUGGAGACCUGACUUGGCACGGAGUGUCUGUGUCUUAGAGAAGACCAGGCCUGUCAUACUCCCACCCCACCCCCAGCCACGUGUCCAGCCACGCAUGCUUAACACACCCAUUUUUCUUUCUUCAUGACCCCUUUCCUACCACUUUGCCAGGAAAACAGAAGGGCAGGGUUUCCCUGUGUCCAGGGGCUUAAAGUGAAUAUGUGGUACCCCUGGGGACCUGCUGGCUUCCAAGGUCCAGCUCAGCCUCCCUGAGGGCUGAGAAGAGGUGAGUGAACAUGAGCAGCUCCAGAGGAGUCCACAGGAGUCCCUCAACCCACAUGACCCCCAAGCUGCCAGCUCAGCCUGAAACAACUGGACAAUGGUCUCUUCAUGCCAGCCUGGGACCAGGGGAGUUCUACCCAGGCUCCUCCUCCCCUUCCCAGUCUUAGGGUAAUGCCCCCUCCAGACCUGCAACUAGGGACCCAAGGUUGGCAUGCCAGACAGUCUCACCAAAUGGUGCAGGAGGGGGCUGCAGGGAUAUCAGCUUUCCUAUAGAGCCUUAGGAAUGGAGACCGUUCUUCUGUCUGGGCUAAGCCAUGUGACCCUGUGGCAGAGACCUUCCAAUGGGCUUGAACCCCUGUUAGGUAGCCCCUGACUCCCUUCCCACUGCCUAAUUGCAGUUCCAGACUGGAAUCCUCUCAGUCCCCUGCCCUGUCCCCCUCAGCCCAGCCACGGAGAGUCAGCAGAAGGUGAUCAUCUCUGCUGCAUUUGCCUCAGCUCAUCUUUCCCCUAAGAUUUAGCAGAGAAUUUGACUUGGGCUUUUGCUGAUGGGCAGAACAGCUGGCCUAGCACGGGUGGGAGGGCUGGAGGGCAGAGGGAAGGAAGAACAGCUGCAGGAGCGAGGAGGGGAGGGGUCUUCACACCCAUGCAGAGCAUGCAGAGCUACCCGAGGAGUUUUCUCUCCAGCAGUUUCCAGGCCUUGUAGCCCUUGGUCUCAACCCCUGCUCCAGUCCCCGCUCCAGGGUUUCCCCUGCAACUCUUUCCAUCCCUCCUCGUCCCUUUCUCCAUU